AUGAGUGCUUCCGCUUAAAUAUAAGAAUUUAUAUGUGAUAAAAAGAUAGCAGAUCUUGAAUGGCGUUUUGCAAUUGCAACAUCAAAUAGCUCUGUAAAACAAUACGGUGACUGCUUCCUUUAAUUAAAGCUAAUUACAGUAGAUAAAGAUUAAAAAUAUGAAACUCUUUAAAUGGAUUUAGAUCUUUAAUAAUUUAAUGAACUCUAUAAUGAAAUAAGCAAAAUAAGAAGUUUAGUUGAUUUCAUUAAAUGA